CCAGUGGCUCCAUUAGACCACAGUUCUGUGCAAGAGUCGGCACGCUGUUUGACAAAUUCUGAUUGAAGGAGGCGAAAUGAACCUUCGACUAGAGGACAUACACUGCUAAAAAAAAAAAAAGAGAGAGAAUCUGAAGAUUUAAAAACUGUUGGUAUUUUUUAUAAGGGGGGAAAAAAAAAGGACGCAUCGUAAAGGAUACCGCUCUUUCCUUGGAUUGUUCUGCCUUCUGGGAUUUCCUAUUUCCCUCCUUUUGAUCUAGAAAGGAGGUGCGACAUCCGCAAAGAUGAAGUACAACUACCCAACACCGGUGUCCACCUACGCACGAAGUUCGCAGUACACACCGGUGUACCACUCACCUUCCUACUACAGCCCCUCGCCGCAUUACACGCCGACAUCCACGUACGCUGCUGUAUCAAAGUACACCCCAACGACACAGGGUAGCACUUAUUACUCCCCAUCACUUUACACGUCCACCUACAAAGCUGCGUCGACGUACAUCCCUUCGUACAGCAAGGUUUCAAGAUAUACCUCAACACGUCGCACUCAAGCGAAGGAAAGCCCUGCACCUGUAAUACCUGUGGCACCUGCAAAGAGGACUGUGCACUUCCCCAAUGACAUCAUCUUCCAGGACAUCGUCAGGCGAGGGGAUCUGGAGCAAAUCGGACGCUUCAUGAGAGCAAGGAAGGUCCGCGUGGACACACUGUUCCACUCUGGUAUGGCUGCUCUGCAUGAAGCCGUACUAACGGGAAACCUGGAGGUGGUGAAGCUCCUGAUUAAAUAUGGCGCCGAUGUCCACCAGAGAGACGAGGACGGCUGGACACCACUGCACAUGGCCUGCAGUGACGGCUACCCGGAAAUUGCCAGGUAUCUCCUGUCAAUGGGAGCAAGCACAGAAGCGGAGAACGAAAGCGGAGAAAAGCCCGCAGACCUCAUUGACCCAGACUGCAAAGAGCUGGCUAAACUGUUUGAGACAGGCUGUGUGUGAGAACAAAUGGACCCGAGGGAGAGAAAAGGCUUAAAUGUAGUAAAAAUAAAACGAGUAGCAACAC